AUUUGCGUGAGAGAGACCAACUGAUGCGAGGGAGGAGGUUGAGGAGGGAGAUGGCCUUUUGUCGUCGCUAGCAUUUGGAGGUCUGACAAGCACGGCAGGGGCUGUCGACUGGCACGUGAAUGCAGAGCCACACAGAAGGAGUUAAGUCUGACACUGCACCUGCAGCUGCAUGUGCUGCCUCAUAAUCACCGUCUGCAUAAGUUUCCUCCUUUGCCUUGCCCUUCAAUCUUGCUUCGCUGCCAUUGGAUGUCCAUUUCCUGCCAGCGCUCGUUGCAUUAUCCAAUCGACAGGAGUUUUCGUCGACGACUAAACUAAUUUAGCUGUCACGUAGGCUUAGACUUCGUUUGUUGUUGAUCGUCAUUGUUCGCACAUAUGAUAGCAGAGGUGCAGUGCAACCAGUCAUGGCCGCCUAAGCCAAGGAGCAUCGUCGCCCUGGAGACCGGCAGACUGGAGGAGGCAGGGAGAGGCGAGAGAGAGAGAGAGAGAGCGAGAGAGCGCAGAGGGGAAGAUAGGGCCGUGCUGUAAGGGAGAAAAAGCGUUAAAAAGAAAGUCUGGACACACAGCAGCCGUAGUGACCAUGCUGUUCGCUGCAUGGUAACUCUGUAUGUUUGCAGGGCUGAAUGGUAUAGACCAGUAUUGGUAGCGAAUAAAACUGGUGUGACAAAGCUGAUGUGUGGAAGAUUUUCAUGUGCAGAGGGGUGUAGUGGACCUUUCAAAUCCAGAACAGGGAGGAUUGCGAUAGGGCAUUAGCAAGGAAUAUCUCGUUAGCGGGAAGCCUUCAAAGGUUGCUAGAGGGAGUCGAGCCUUUCUAUCAACUAUCAAAUGUUCUGCGGGUAAUGAAAAGGCUAUGAUUUUCCACCAUCUUCUUGUACUCUUUAGUCAGCUUAGAAAAUAAGCACAGGAAUUUGGAUGCUGGUCCGACGAAACGUCGAUCGUGUAGUCCCAUUCAAAUUUUAUUUAGGUCAACGGAGUACGGGAUAGAUGUUAGCAAAGACCGUUUGCCAAUGUGGAGGUUGUGUAUCAAGCGCUUAAACUGUUACGGCGGGAUUGUGCUUGUUUAUACUCUUUGCAAGGUGCAAACCCCGCUGCAAUUCUGAUCAAUGUGCUACUCGGCAUCAAAGAUGGUAGAAGCGCCCUUUUAGUCUCAAGGCGUGAUAUGUUUUCCAUCGAACUAUCUUUCAACGGUCUAUACACAAGGUUUUGAUUCAAUCCCCUAGUUGUUCCAACGUCAAUGUCGGACGAAUUGGCUUCAAUCGCAGCUUUAAAAUUCACUUCAUUUGAAUCUCCGCGAUGCAUCGCAGACUGUCAGCCUUCCCUCCUUCAGACUGUUCUCUUACGACUUGGAAGUGGGUGUUCAAUUCAAUUUUUUGACGUGAUUAUUCCGACUGGAGUGUAGAAUCAUAUUGAGUUUGACCACCUUCAAGCACUUGACCAACCUCUAAGAAUUUUAUUCAUAUCACCGAAACUACAGUAUACACAGGGAAUCCUAAGCACCGUUCCAAGCCUGAAGGAGGCAGAGAAAUGGGGUCCAAGCGAACAGAUGAAGUUUUUCUGCACCAGAUUUCGCUUCCGGGUCGGAGAGACUAUCAGCUCCGUAGCUGUUCUUUAAAGGCAGAUGCCUUGAAGUUUUCCUCUUCACAGCUGGUUGCUCGAGCAUUUCAAAAUGCCAGAGCAAUAAGCUUCAAUGCCUCACACGAUGAGGUCCCGUUCGUCUUAAAUCAAGCUCCCAAUCAACGCUUAUUCUACAGUGGUCCUCUAACCAGCCAGGCCACCCCCAUAAAUUUCUCUGGCCGUGCCGAUACUACUAUUUGCGGUCAUGCCCAUGAGCACAGUGAGAGCGAAGCGUCGUUUGCUUCGGCUGGUAGUCUGGGCCACAGCGACGAUCUCUCAGAGGCUGGUCGAGAGCUAUCUAAAGAUACUGUCGGUGGUGUAUUAGACAAGGUCGCAUUCAUGGACGAGCAGCACAUAGUCAUGAGCAGCACGCAUUCUUUAAACCAAUCUGCAAGGGUUGUCAAACCUUCAUUCAUUCUUACUCCAAGACGAGCUGUAAGCGGAGAUCAGAGAACAUCAAUGUCUAACUUGGAUAACCGAUCUCGAAGCGGCGAGGUUACGAGAGCAUCAAGGCCGAGCGUGGACAACUCAGCUCGAUGUGGUGAGAUCAUUAGAGCGUCAAGGUCUACUUUGGAUAGCCGAGGUCGUAAUACUGAGUUUAUGCUUGCUCCUCCGGCCGGUAAGCCAUUAAAAAUGUAUUCACAAAGUGGUGCAAAAUUGUGCGACGAUGGUGAUGGACCAAAAGUAGGAGAGAAAGGGGCAGGAGAGAGCAGACGAAGACCUACAGCUUCUAUAGCUUGGGACAGCCUAAACAAUUCUCAAGAGAACAGCCCUCAGCACGACCUCGCAGCUAUUCCAUUCAAGUGGGAGGAAGCCCCAGGUAAGCCCAUUACCAUAGCCGUUGCUGCUGAGAGAUCUAUGGCGAGGCGGCUUCUCAAGGACGGCGGUGAGUCAAGAAGCCCUCAUGUGGUAGAUGCUCAGCGAAUGCCUACAAAGAAAGUGCAAAAAGAAGCAGUACCGCCCUCGGAGGAAGAGGAAACGUCAGCACGUGAAUUGCACUUAUCUCCCAACGGGAUGCGAACAUCCCCCAACAGCAGCUUCAGGAGUAGCCAUCGAUUCUAUGCGCGCACGGCUUCAGGAGAAAGAAGCUUCGGACCUCGCACUAGCAUCGACAGCGCGCAUGUCAUUUCAGAAGUGGAGACCGAGGCCCACAUUGACCUCGUGGCUCCAGCCGCUGCCAAAUUUCUGGUGGAGAGCUGGGUUUCGCCCAACGUUACGCCCGAGCAAAGUCUCACAACCACUAUCCCUUUCAAAUGGGAAGAAGCACCUGGUGUUCCUAAAGUCGAUGAGGAAGCAAUCGAUAGCAAACCCAUUCAGCUCCAAUUACCACCUCGGCUUUCCGCUCCCCCUCCCUUGUCGGUAGAUUCCGUGUCAAAGGAGGAAAUGCGAGGCAGGCAACGAACACGUUCCAUGAGCGGUCCUCUCGCUGGUUACUAUCCCCACACAUCUCCAACACGGAGACGUCAGCAGCAGCAAUCGCCUCCUGUCAUGCGCUCCUGCUCGCCUUCCAAGCGAUCUAUCUCUCCUUCUAGAAUUCAAGCCCUGACCAAACACUUCACUCGCAAAGCUUCGCCCACGACUCAUGUCGAAAAUUCAAGGGAGGGUCCUCUGAGUUGGUCCGCUGGAAACAGGAAUUAUCGUCAUAGCUACACAUAUGGUCAUCGCUCUGGGCCUCUAGAGGACUUCCGAGAUCGAGAAGCUAGCUCCAAUCGUGCUCUGGGAAGGUCCACUUCAGCAGCGAGAGCGAAUUCUGAGUUCGCAGCAUUUGAGCAAGAUGAGCCCAAAAUUCGAGCUCCUCGCAGCUGCACUUCUGGUCCUCUGGAUUCUUAUGCUAAACCUUCAAAAUCUCGAUACAGUUCUCCUUCAAAAAGAUCAAUUUCCCCAUCCAGAAUCCAUGCCCUUGCGAAACAACUGACUUGCAAGAUUAAACCAGCGUCCGAGGUUCACACCUUAGAAGACCCCCACUGGCCUGUCUCAAUAAAACAUCAGGUGACGCGGCCGAACUCCUUCACACAGGCCCAAGUCUCUGUUUCACUUGACAGAGGUAACGUCAACGCUGUUGCAGCCACUGAGAGCUUUCGCCCCCGGCGGAGAACCCCGUGCGAACCAUUCUCUUCCAGUUCUUAUGCUUGGAUUGGGAAGCAUCAGGAACUAGGGCGCGAUCCAUGGUCACCCACCAGCAUCCUCCAAGGUCCCAACGAUCACAGCCAAGCUCAUGCUUCAGGCCCCUCAUCAGCUUCAGAUAUGGACACACAAACUCAAGCCUCGACUCAAGCAACCACCCCUAUCUCUGUCGCUCUUUCAAAGUCGCUCUCCAAAUCAUUAUCCCGAAUAUCAUACGAAUCGUUUGAGCACUCAUUCACGGAGCCAACUAGUCCAAGCCCUGAAGGUCCACCCACCACCGAGGAUGCAGGAAAUAAUUCGCUACUUGAUUCUCCCUAUCUCGGCCCAACUUCUGCAGAUUACAGAAGGAAAGACUCUUCGGGAGGAGCUGCCGAGGGCGUGAAAGCGAUCAUCAAGAUGUGCAGGUCAGGGUCCACAUGGAGAAAGAGCAAGACGCACAGCCCUGAGAUGUGGGCUCCUACGCUUGCAUCUUACUUCCAGUGUUUGGAAGCUACUAUGAGCAAUCCCGGUAAUGCUCGUAAAGAAAUAACACAUUUGGACCAACAAGAAGAGGUAAAUAGAGCAUAUGGUUCUGCUCAGAAUCUGUCGGAGUUGAAUGAAGCACAAACGAGGCUGCCUUACACGAUGCCCUCUCACAUCGAGCAGAAAUUGUCUUACAAGGAGUAUUGUGAUUCUCCUAGUGCAGAAUUCACGAAGUGUCUUGGGGUAAAGCUCUCUCCCGCAAGCUUCGUAUCUAGAGGGGAGACCUACUCGAGUAUGGAGAGUUUGAUGGCUUGGAGUGAACGGCAUUUGAGUCACCCUACAAAUAGUAUGGAAGAUGGAUACCGAUCCCCUGCUUAUGCAGCUACAUUGGAGCUUUUGUCUCCCUCUGCGGAGUUGAUCAGAAAGAAAAAGUGGAUCAUGGGAACAUCCAGGGGAGUCAAAUUGGUUAUUCCAUCUUCAAGCACAAGGCGGAGAACUCACUUUGUGGAAUCUAUGUGCAAAUCAUUGAAGCGUGCGUUGUACAAAUGUGCUAAGCGGUGCUGCCGCAAAACUGUGAAACUGCAGUAUAACGAAGAACCUGUUGUACUUCCCCCAACUGAAUUCAGUUUCUACAAGCCAAAUUGAUUGUUCAAACAGAUGGAGCAAGUACACUAAACUAGUGCAGAUUUUUCUAACAAUUACCUGAAAUUUAACCAAGUUUAUCCUAGACAUGCUGGCCAACUGUACAAGUAUGAGCUGUAGAAAUUGCUGGGUAUUGAUGAUUUUUCACACAAAGCACUGCCUACAUGUAAAAAAUUAUGAUCGGUGUCGUACACUUCUAUUAAGAUUCUUAUGGGACAGCCAACCUGCCGUCGCUGCCAAUUUUUUUAGUGGUCAAAUAGAUCCUCAUAUUUCAUCACACUAACAUUAGGCACAAGAAGGAUGUGGGUUAGGAGGCCGUUGGACCGAAGAGGGUGUUUUCUGCCGGAUUUCAUAAUCCAAAGAUUUCACAAUGUAGGAUUCCUUCCUUAAUCAAGCUUGGCCAAUCAGCAUCCCAUUUCGUUUA